AUGGCGAGGAUAGUAGUGCUGCACCAUCGCGUCCUUUUCGUGGGACUCUUAUUAACAGGGACCUUGACAGUCCGAGCAAACAGAGGGGGGGCGUCGCCAGACGAGGAGAGGGACAAGGAGAACGACGCGGAGACCCCAUGUGAGGUUAAAACAGUUACCGUGUCUACCCUGCCCGUACUUCGGGAGAACGAAUUCAGCUUCACCGGCGGUGGCUCGGGAAGCGUGGUCGGAGGAGGUGUUGGUGGAGGAGCAGGUGGUGCUGCUGAUGGAGGAGGAGGAAGAGGAGGAGGAGGAGGAGGUGGUGGUGGUGGAGGAGGAGGGGGUGCAGGAGGAGGAGGUGCAGGAGGAGGGGAAUCCCGACUCCUUUUAUUCGUUAGAACAGACCUACCUGGACGAAUUUCCGUAAUGGAUGAUCUGGACAACACAGCUCUCCCCUUCUUCACACUCGAAAUGUCGGGCACAGGAGAAGAUAUUUCCCAGGUCCACUGGAAGCAGCAGUGGUUGCAGAACGGGACGCUGUACUUCCACGUGUCCAUGACAGAGUCGGAGCUGUUGGCCCAGACGACGCAACCCACAGCCCGGGAGCCUGCCCAUGUCCUCCACGAACACAUGCAUCUACUGCACAUCUCAGUUAUGGGAGGCCUCAUUGCCCUUUUGCUCCUAAUCCUCCUCUUCACCCUCGUCCUAUACACCCGUCACCGUUGGUGCAAGCGCCGGCGUGUCCCUCAGAAGAGCGCCAGCACUGAGGCCACACAUGAGAUCCACUACAUCCCCUCUGUUCUUCUGGGACCCCAGGGCCGCGACAGCUUCCGGGGCUCCCGCGGCACACACCAGCACAGCAGCUCUGUCAUUGGUAUGCCCAUCCGGGAGACCCCGAUUCUUGAUGAUUACGACUGUGAUGAAGAGGACCCGGUCGGACAUUCACAUAACUCCACGCCCAACCAGCUCCACACCCAUCUGAGUGAUGGGAAGGUCCAGGAGGACUAUGGGGUUGGCAUUGGGCAUGGGAAGGAUCCUCAGCAUCACGGAGGCCGCGCUGACAUCCUGUGCAAGGAAGAUGGGCCGAAGCAUACUUUUGACAAAAGAGCCAUUGAUCCAAAGCAGGAGUCAGUAGAGGAUUUGAUGCAGAGGUUCACAGAGAGCUUCCGUGCUCCCAACGCCACAAUGGACAUGGCUCACUUCCAACAUGUCACGCAUAGCUCCUCCACGGGGCGCAAGAGGGUCCCCAGCCACACCAGAGUGUCUGGCGGCGUCUUUGGUCGUCAGGGGGAUUCGGGGUCAGAGCCUGAAGAUGACAGCCAAAUGAAGUUUUACACAGAGCAGCACAGGGGCCGGAGGCGCAGCAAAGGCCACCCACACAGUCCUCUAAAUAAGGUCACCCUGACGUUGAUCACCAUCAGCACGUGUGUCAUUGCCAUUGUCUAUGCUACGCAGAAUUCCUGCCCCCUCACUGUCAAGGUUACCCUCCACGUGCCUGAGCACUUUGUCGCGGAUGGAAGUAGUUUUGUGGUGAGCAUGGGCAGUUUCCUGGAUGUUUCUAAUUGGCUAAACCCAGCCAAGCUUACCCUGUACUAUCAGACCAAUUCGUCCACCCAGUGGGUCAGAGACUACUGUGGCCAGAGGACAACUGAGCCCUGUGAACAGCUUUGUGACCAGGACACAGGAGAAUGCAGCUGUCAUGAGGGCUAUUCCCCUGAUCCGGUGCAUAAACACCUUUGUGUUCGCAGUGACUGGGGUCGCAAUGAAGGGCCUUGGCCUUACACUAACCUGGAGAAAGGCUAUGACCUUGUUACAGGAGAGCAGGCUCCAGAGAAGAUAUUCAGGUCGUCCUACAGUCUGGGCCAAGGCCUGUGGCUGCCAGUCAGUAAGAGCUUUGUGGUGCCGCCAGUGGAGCUGUCAAUCAACCCUGUUGCCAGCUGUAAAACAGAUGUGCUGGUUACCGAAGAUCCUGGGGAUGUCAGGGAGGAGGCUAUGUUGUCCACUUACUUUGAGACAAUGGAUGAUCUACUGGCAUCUUUUGGGCCUGUCCGUGACUGCUCCAAAGAUAAUGGGGGCUGCAAGAAGAACUUCAAAUGUGUCUCUGACCGACGACUAGACUCCUCUGGCUGCAUGUGUCCCGAGGGUCUGAGGCCGAUGAAGGAUGGCUCGGGUUGCUAUGACUACUCCAGGGGCACUGACUGCACGGAUGGUUUCAAUGGUGGCUGUGAGCAGCUGUGUCUCCAGCAGCUGGUGCCCCUGGUGGAUGACCCCAGUUCCAGCAAUGUGCUCAUGUUCUGCGGGUGUGUGCAGGAGUACAAGCUGGCAGCAGAUGGGCGCUCCUGCCUCCUGCAGUCAGACAACUGCGAGGGACCAAAGUGCCCAAGGCAGGAUGUCCGCUUCAAUGACACCCUGUUUGGUGAGAUGCUGCAUGGAUACAACAACAAGAGCCAACAAGUCAACUUGGGGCAGAUCUUCCAAAUGACCUUCCGGGACAACAACUUCAUAAAGGACUUUCCCCAGCUAGCAGAUGGUCUCAUGGUCAUCCCCCUGCCAGUUGAGGAACAGUGUCGAGGGGUGUUGUCUGAACCCAUGCCUAACCUGCAGCUGCUCACAGGGGAUGCCCAGUUUAAUGAAGCCAUGGGGUAUCCCAUGGUGCAACAGUGGCGAGUGCGGAGUAACCUGUACAAAGUCAAACUCAGCUCCAUCACCUUAUCUACAGGCUUUUCCAAGGUGCUGAAGACAUUGUCAGCGGAGAGCACGCGAGAGGAGCUACUGGCCUUCCUCCAGCAAUAUGGCAGCCACUACGUGUCUGAAGCCCUGUAUGGAUCCGAGCUCAGCUGCAACAUCAACUUCCCCAGCAAGAAGGCCCAGCAGCAGCUCUGGCUGCAGUACCAGAAAGAGGCAACAGACCAGGGGGUUGGUGGAAGCGGGCGGCAUGAGCUGAAGUCAGUUCCCUUCAUCAGCUACCUGUCGGCGCUGCUGAAGAGCCAGCUGUUGUCUGAGGACCUGGUGAAUGGUGUGGAGAUCCGCUGUGAGGAGAAAGGCAGCUGCCCAUCUACCUGCCACCUGUGCCAUCACCAAGCCAUGAUGGGUGGUGCUGAGGAUGGUGGAGGGGGAGGCCGCAGUGGUAAUGGCAGAAGUGGAGAGCAGCCAUCCCCUAUCCCUGUGCUGCUGGAGGUCAGCCGUGUGGUGCCCCUUUACAGCCUGGUCCAGGACAAUGUCACCAAAGAGGCCUUCAAGAGCGCCACAAUGAGCUCAUACUGGUGUGCUGGAAAGGGCGAUGUCAUUGACAACUGGUGUCGCUGUGACCUGAGUGCCUUCAGCAAAGAUGGCCUGCCCAACUGCAGUCCCCUCAGGCAGCCAGUUUUGCGCCUAGCCCCUCACCUGGAGCCUUCCAGCACGAUGGUGGCCCUGGAGUGGGUGGAUGUGGAGCCUCUGAUUGGCUGCAAAGUCUCAGAUUACAUCAUCCAGCAUAAGCGAGUGGAGGACCCAUCGGAGGCAGAGGUCUACACAGGUGAGGUCCUGAGCUUGGUGGAUGACCUCUUCUCUGGUUUGGGUUCAUCCUGCAUUGUUGCAGGGAGGAGGAGUGGCGACCAUCCUCACUCUGUGCUGUACUCAGUGGUCUUCAAGUGCCUGGAACCCGACAGCCUUUACAAGUUUACUCUCUAUGCAGUUGAUAGCCGAGGUAGUCACUCUGAAUCAAGCUUUGUCUCAGUGCGGACAUCCUGUCCAAUGGUGGACGAUAGCCGAGCAGAAGAGAUAGCAGACAAGGUGUACAACUUGUAUAAUGGCUACACCAGUGGAAAGGAGCAGCAGACGGCCUACAACACACUGAUGGAAAUCCCCCCUCCGCUGCUUUACAGAGUCCAGCACCACUACAAUUCCCACUAUGAGAAGUUUGGAGACUUUGUCUGGCGAAGUGAGGAUGAGCUGGGCCCCAGAAAAGCACAUCUAAUCCUGCGUAGAGUGGAGAGGAUCAGCCACUACUGCCAGGCCCUCCUGCGCAGCGGCUACAUCCAGAGCCGCACUGACACGAUGGCCUACGUGUACUGCCGGAGCGAGGAUGUCCGACCUCCCAGUACCAUGUGGCACGGCUCCUUACAUGAGACUCGCACUGCCUGCAUGGAGAAGCUCAUCUCUGUACAGCGUAACACAUAUGGCAACACCAAACUCCGAUGAGACAGGAGUUUGGAGACAGGCUAUACGUUUUGCCCGUGUAAAAUGACAUCAUUUAUUGAUGUACCUCUUCACUCCAAUCUGCAGCAGGUAUCUCUCAAGUGACUGGUGCAUUUUGACAACCAGGAGAGCCUAGAAAAACCUCAGAAGUCACUGGACAUUGUGCAAAAGCUACCAAAAAAAACAUAUUUUUUUGUGUGGCUUACUCUUUUAUUAAAUUGGAGGCAAAGACAAUUAUUUAAAAAAGAAAAAAAGAAAGAAAAAAUAUGGAGAAAGCGCAUUUCUCAGCUGCGAAAAUGUCAGUGAUUGCACAUGAGGAACUGCAGUGUGAACAUGUAAAUUAUCAUUCAGCCAAGAGGAAAAAGUGGCUGGCUUAAAAACACUGAAUGUAAUAUUGUAGUUCCUUUGCGGUGCUUUGAGGCUUACUGGAACACUGAAAAAAAAUAAAAAGAAAAAAAGAAAAAAGGGAAAAAUAAACAGCAUUACUUAUUUGCCUUUACUACCUUCAUUUGAAUGGAGACGUUGAAGCGAAGCAGUUAAAGCCAAUAGAAAGUCACUUUUAAGUUGUUUUCAAGUUCACAUAAAUUAAAAAAAUAGCAUUUUGCUUCAUGACUUUAUUAGUAAAUCAGUAAAAUUUAUAAAUCAUAUGGUUAGUCUUGUACUUAAUUUCAUAGAUUCAAUUAAAAUACUAAGCCUUGCUUUGUAUGGUUAAAAGAUUGGCAGAUAUCACCAGCCUAUUGAAAUGAUGCAAACACUGAGUGGGUGGCAUUCAAACAUCUGAUUCAUUUAUCAAUGUUGAGUCCAACUGCUGUAUUUGUGGAGGGACCACUCGUGUCAACACGUCCUCCUGUUAGCCCUGCCAAAAUAAAGUGACGCAUUUCAAGGAAGUUUGUAAUAUUUCCUGAACUAGAAAUGGACCUGAGUUUUAUUGUAUGUAUUAAUGCGUUUAAGACAAAACAAAAAUGAUGAAGCAUUAGUAUUGAUACUGAAAAACCUGCAACCAGACCAUACAGCUGGUUUUAAAUGAUGCGCGCAAACCCUCUUACUAUGCUUUUAUUUUGCUUGUUAUUUGUCACAUGAAUGGAUCUUCUGCCAUCAGGGCAGGAGUCAUCACCUGACAGGUAUGGUGGUGUCAAUUACUUUAUUCACACUGGCGAUGGCUACUCAGAUCUGAAUAUUUCAUAUUUGAGAUAAUUCAGUCACUAUGCACAGAUUAAAGGGAGAGGAUUAAGAGGAUGAUGAUGGGAGGUGACAGAAAUGGUGAGGAGGCUUUGUGAUAAUUCAGGUAGAUGAAAAUAAAUACAGAUUCAAACGAGUGCCGCCACAAACAGCCUAAUAUACCAAGUGUACCAAAUAUUAACAUGAUAUGGUUAAUGACUAAACAUCAUAUGUUCAUAAUCAGACCUAAAAUUGAAUUAAAUGCAUUGAAUUGAGAUUAUUCUUCUUCACACAAUUUGAUAUGAAUGAGUGUCUUUGAGUUGAAAGUCAGAUCAAGAGUAUGGUGACCUUACAAAUGAAGAUAUGAUAAAUACCUUACAAAAUUUUUUAUAUGAAAAUAUCAAGGGACAUUUUGAGACAGCUUAAAAGUUUGUGUUGAUUAUCCCAGCUAUGAACAUUUGUGAGGUACUGUACGCCGAACAAAGGAGAAAUAUGUGAUUGUAGGGAUCACGUCUGGUCCUUCUCAUCAUAUUAUUUUUCAGCCUAUUGUCAUAUCUCCAAAGCCAUGGACAUUGUUUUAAUGAUAAUAAUAAAAUGCCUUUUUUCAAUAUUUUAAUUUCAUGUUAUAUGACUUGUAAUAGUAAAUUAUUAUAUUGUAAAUUUUAAAUUGUAAAUAACAUCUGUAUUAUUCUGUGGCUUUGAUUGUCUUUUUUUCUGAAGAAUGUGAAAUAUUAAAAAUGUAUAUAUAGCGGGGAGUUUUUUUGGAUUCUUUACUACAAUGACCAAAUUAAUUUAGAUUUCAAUUCUUUUUUUUAAACACCUGUGGAACAUUUAUAUUUUAAAGCUAUUUGAAUGUCAGAUGUAACAAAAUAAAUUGAUUCUC